AUGUUUCACUGUAGUAUCUGUGACGAGUCUCAUACCGACGGACCUAUUUGCCAUAUUUGCAAAAAACAAUAUGGUUUUGGCUGCGUUGGAGUUACGGAGGCUGGAUUCAGGCGUUUGGGCGAAAGAAAAAAUACUUGGCGUUGUCCAAAAUGUAAAGCAAGUCCCUCAGUCUCGCCAGCUCUCUCUAUUGCAUACCCAGAUCUCCAAAUACCUAACCAAUUGGAUAGUAUGCAGGAGAAGUUGAAUGACAUUUUGGUGCAACUUGCGUCACUUCCUAUCCUGAGUCAAGAUUUAAAAAUUAUAAAAGAUGACCUUUCGGACUUGAAACAAUCGGUUGAAAUGGCUCAUCAGCGUACGGAUAAGCUUUUUGAUAAAGUCCAAUCACUCGAAGCCAAAGUUAAAGAUGUUGAGAAGAUUGCCUCCGAUAUACCCAUUAUUCAAAAGGAAAUAGCCCGAUUGAACUCCGAACUGGAAGAGAGAGAUCAAUGGGCAAGAGCCAAUAAUGUCGAGAUUAAGGGUAUCCCACAAAAAAAGGAUGAAAAUCUAUAUAGCUUGGUACAAAACAUUGGGAAUUGUGUCAACUUUCCUAUUAAGAAAGAGGAUAUAAACUACAUCGCCCGCGUACCAACGCGGUCACCUAAUAUGGCCAAGCCAAUCAUAAUCUGUUUUAAUAAUCGCUAUAUGAAAGAAGACCUGGUGGCUGUUGCGCGGAAACGUAAUCUAAAUAUAUCCGAUAUCGGUUACUCCUCAUCCUCUACGUUCUAUAUAAAUGACCAUCUAACUCAACAUUAUAAAAGUUUGCUCGGCAAAGCCAAAUCCCGUGCGAAGGAGGUCGGAUUUAAAUAUAUAUGGGUGAAACAUUCAAAAAUAAUGGCAAGAAAGACUGAUUCAUCGCCUGUAUUUUUUAUAAAAAACGAAAAAGAUCUUGCAAGGAUAACUCAAUAA